AUGCUGCUGUUGAGCCUCUUCCUCUACUCUGCAUCACGGCUCUUGAGCCUCCGACUGGCGCUGGACAACGUGGUCUUCGCCCUCGUUGCCCUGUUUUUCGUCGUGGUGUUCUUUUGGCUCGUCGAGGUGAUGGGCUCGCUGUCGCGCUACGUUCUGGGCUUCCUGACAGAGGAGUUUGUCUUCAGCCCAUACGACGCCAGAAAUGACACCAAGCAGGUGCCUCCUUAUGUGACGUCAGAGGCAUACAAGUCUGCGCUUGUGUACCACUUCGGCUCCCUCUGCCUUGGUUCCAUCGCGAAUGUAGCACUGAAGCCUUUGCGGACGAUCUUGCGAAUCGUCACAGCUCCGACGCGCUUCGGCUGCUGCUUGAUUGCCUUCCAGGGGAUGACU